AUCUUUUCCACUAUCUUGACUAAUUCCGUAGACCGCUGAAUCUACUGAAACUUUACACCUCCGGCGACGGUGGAAGAGAUGGAACGACAACGGCGGCGACGACGACGAUCUCUGUUACUUCUACUUCAGCUCUGUAUCUUCUUCAUCCUUUUCUUUCCCUCUUACGCAGUUGAUUUCAUCUUCAAUUCGUUCACAAACGGCUCGAAUGGCACCGACAUCAUUCUCAUUAGCGACGCGAGGUUCGAUUCCCCUGUAAUUCGUCUUAAUAAUGACUCAAACCCAAAUUCAAUCGGGCGAGCUUUCUAUCACACGAAGCUGAUUAUGAAACCCACUUCGAAUUCGACUACGAUCUCUUCUUUUUCAACUACUUUCGUGUUUUCAAUUUUGCUGGAAGUCGCUACUAGUCCAGGCUUCGGUAUGGCCUUCGUUCUUUCCAAUUCCACUUCCCCUCCCGACGUCAUAGCGGGUCAAUACUUCGGUCUCUUCACAAAUUCCACUACCCAUGUUGUUGCUCCGCUUCUCGCCGUUGAAUUCGACACCGGUCGAAACACGGAGUUCAACGAUCCCGAUGAUAGCCAUAUCGGAAUCGAUUUGAACAGUAUGUUGUCGAUAAAAACACAGACCGCUGGGUAUUUUGACCCUAAUGGAACUUUUGUUCCAAUUCAGAUGAGAAAUGGGCAGAACCUUCGCGCUUGGAUCGAGUUUGAUGGGUCCAAUUUCGAAAUCAAUGUCACGAUUGCCCCAAUUGGAAUUCCUCGUCCAUCCAAACCCACUUUGAGUUUUAGGGAUCCUGAAAUAGCAAAUUAUGUAUCGAAUGAAAUGUUUGUGGGAUUUUCAGCGUCGAAGACAAAAUGGGUUGAGGCGCAGAGGAUUUUGGCUUGGAGUUUUAGUGACACUGGUGUUGCUAGAGAGAUUAACAACACGAAUUUCCCUGUGUUUAUGAGAGCAUCACCACCGUCUUCCUUGUCGCCGGGAUCUGUUGCCGGUAUUGUAAUCGGCAGUGUUGUGUUUGUGAUCUUAAUUUCUGGAUUUGUGGGGUUUUGGUAUUGGCGAAAGAACAGAGCAAGUGAAGAAGAUGAAAUUGAGGAUUGGGAGCUCGAAUAUUGGCCUCACAGAUUCUCUAAUGAGGAGCUUUCACAGGCCACUGAUGAAUUUUCGGAUAAGAAUCUGUUGGGUUCCGGUGGAUUUGGAAGAGUAUUCAAAGGAACUUUACCAAACAACACGGAAAUCGCCGUAAAGUGUGUAAAUCACGAUUCAAAACAGGGGUUAAAGGAAUUCAUGGCGGAAAUCUCGAGCAUGGGUAGGCUUCAACAUAAAAAUCUAGUCCAAAUGCGAGGAUGGUGUCGAAAAGGCAAUGAAUUAAUGUUGGUAUACGAUUACAUGCCGAAUGGAAGCCUUAAUCGGUGGAUUUUCGACAAACCCACAACGCUACUCGGCUGGAAACAGCGCCGCCGUGUGCUCGCUGACGUUGCAGAGGGUUUGAACUAUCUCCACCAUGGUUGGGACCAAGUGGUGAUUCACAGAGACAUAAAAUCAAGCAACGUGUUAAUGGAUUCGGAAAUGAGAGGCAGACUGGGCGAUUUUGGGCUGGCAAAACUGUACCAACACGGCGAGACUCCAAAUACCACUCGCGUCGUUGGGACCUUGGGGUAUUUAGCGCCGGAGAUUGCAACGGUGGCUACUCCGACGGCGGCCAGCGAUGUGUAUAGUUUUGGGGUUGUGAUUCUUGAAGUAGCAUGUGGGCGGCGACCGAUUGAGAUGGCAGUGGAGGAAGAAGAAAUGGUACUUAUAGAUUGGGUGAGGGAUCUUUACUCCGCCGGACGGUUGAUUGCGGCGGCGGACUUGAGAAUCAGAGAGGAAUAUGAAACAGAGGAGAUGGAGUUGAUGUUGAAGCUUGGUUUAGCUUGUUGUCAUCCGGACCCUGAACGGCGGCCGACAAUGAGGGAGGUUGUGGCUGUUUUGAUUGGAGAACAACAGGCAGCUGAGUCAGUGGAACUUUUGUCGGGAUUGUCCGGCGGCGCUGUUGAUGGCAGCCCAGAAGUUUGACCGGCGACUACAAUGUUUUACCUUGAAUUUAUUUCAUCUUGAUUGAAUAAUUGUUCCUUUUUCACCGUCUGUAAUUACAAGAUUCAAACAAUAUCUGCGAGUUCAUCGUUUUAAUAGAUAGUGUAAUGGAAAGUUA